AUGUAUCUGCCCAACUCGUCAUUUCAAAAUGAUCCAAAUUAUGAAUCUGCAGUACAGGAUAUCGAGCAGGAGAAGAAGAUGGUGGCUGCUUUGAAACGAUUGUCAAUUGGAAAUCUAAUGCAGUACGAUCCUGAUCUUCCACCAGGUUCAAUGGUUGAUAUAGAUCCAUUUGCUGCGUCAAGCCAUUUGCAAGCAGGAAGUGGAGAGUUUUAUGAUGAAGAUUUAGUCCCACAGCAUACAAGACAUGCUCAUACACAUAAUUCCUCUUCCAAUUUAUCAACGUCGAGCUCGACGCCGAGAUCGCCAUCGAAAUCACCAUCCAAAUCACCAUCAUCAUCCACAUCUCCACAGAGAGAAGACGCCUACGAAAAAACAACUUCUCCAAUCAAGAGUGCCAGCGCAAGUCCAAUUCGUAAUCAAAAGUCUCCCUCAUCACAUUUACAUGCACCUUCGUCAUUCAAUGGCAAAUCUCCUAGUCCAAGAAAACGAUACAGUUUGUCCAUGGAUAAUGAUAGUAUCUUGACUACGGAUGACGAGUUUUUUGAUGCUGCUGAAGAUCAGAUUUAUGAUGCAUCAAAUACAAUAUGGGUCCCAGCAGAAAUGCACCCUCAAGUUAACCCAGAUUCCUUCAAAACAUUAAUCAAACAUCAAGUGGAAGAGAUUAUGGAUCGUAAUCUUAAACGAAGAUCAACUAUAUCGAGGCGAUCAACCCUAUCUCGUCAAUCAUCCAUCACUGAUCAUGAGGAAGAACCUACAACUGUGGUCAGAGUUCCCAAAUUUGUAUCACAAGAACCUCCACAGCCAAGUCAAGAACCACAACAGCUGUCACUUUCAAAAACACCCUCAACUCGGUCAUCCAAGUCUGCAUCGCCACCAAAGGAUCCGUCCAAGCGUGAGUCAUGGUAUAACAAGCAAAAAAGGUUUUCAAAUCCUUCCUUGAAAGAGCUAACCACCGAGUUGCAACAAUUGUCAAAGAUGGCGGGAAUGGAUAAAAGUGAUGCUGUAACAAUUGCCAGAACUUUGUCGUGGAACUCACUAGGAUACACUGAUGUUGAGAAAUUGGCAUUUGAUGAAUUAAAUCACUCACCACCACACGGAGAUGCUAAUGUGACGUCGAGUACUUUGCAUUUGCAGCAAAGAUUGCAACAACAAUUCAAUCAGUCAUUGGAAGGUGAUGCAGUUGACGAAGAGGAGGAUCAAGAAGAACUUUAUUCCGGCACUUUACCCAUCCAAGGUUUACCUCAUGAUUUUGCAUUAAAAAGGAGUAGGAGAACUGAUUAUAGGAAAAAGGAUGCUGAGCAUUCGGCUCUGCCAGACCAACUGCCAUUGAGUAAAAAGCAAGGCCAGCACCAAGGGGACCUGCCUAUUCCAAGGGGGUACAAAACGAGAGAUUCACGGUUGUUAUUUAGUUAUAAGAAGAUGAACGAUGAACAACCGCCACAACAGAUAUCAAGCAGACAAGUAUCACCGUCAUCUCAGCAACGUGAUGCAAUCUUGAGUAACUCAUUAUCCAGGGAAGAGUACCCUGGUAGUCCAUAUACUCCUAGAAGUCUAAGCAAAGAGAAAACACCAUACAGAUCGAGUGGACAUCCGAGGUCACAUCAACAAGAUCCUUAUCAUUCUAACAGGCAAGGACAAGGGCAGCAAGAACAACGGACAGCAUACAAGCAAAGGCGUGGUAAUACUCAACCAGAUGAUUUCUCAUUCGAUCAGCAGCAGUACCCACAACAGUAUCCACAACAAUACCCACAGCAACACCCACAACAGCAACGGCAGCGCAAUGACAAAUAUUUACCGACCUUACCACAGAAUAGACAGCAAUACCCAAUGUACCCUCAAGAUAGUCAUCGCAGUCAAUCAACAUACCAGCAAGAUAGUCGAUACGCAGAACCACGCACCUCUGAAGCUCGCAAUUCUCAGCAAAGGAGUGACCACCAUCGUUUGCGUGCCCAACCUCACAUUAAACCCGUUGGAUCUCAUCAUCAAUUCAGACCAGAGAAGAAGCUCACGUCGGCGUCAAAUACCAAUAUCAAUGAUUUUAUGAUCGAUACCCCCACAAAACGCUCAAGAAACCAUCAUCGCAGUCACAAGAGAGAUGAAGUUGCACGUUAUGCAUCACAAAGACCACAACCCGAUGUACCGAUGUUGUUUCCAAGUUCGAAAGAUCCAGAAUUUGUUAGGGGACAACAACAGAAGCAACAGCAACAGCAACAGCAGCAGCAACAACAACAACAACAACAACAGCCACGUCAUAGAUCGCGCCAAGUUGCACGACCAACGGCUUCUGUCCCCGCGAGGUCGAAACAAUUACAUCAGAACUUAGAUUUACUUAGGUCGGAAAUCAAUGAAUUUAAAGAGAGUUUGAACAAGGGGCAUAGUAGGGAGAAACAGUUACCGGGAGAGCUAACACCGCAACAACAGUCACGUCGUCCACAGCAACAUCACCAGCGGGAUUUGCCCCGGCAACCACAAGAUCAUCCUAAACAACAACCGAAAAAUAUAUCCGAAUCCGAUCUCAGUUUCGAUGUUAGUUACCAAGACUUGUCAACCGACGAUCCAUUGGGAAUUGAAAAGGAAGCUUUACUUGAAUUGGGAAGGAGGAAGGAGGAUCACGUUACUUAUGGCGAUGACAUUAUUGAGUGGGAUGGGACAAGCGAGGGUGAGUUACAACCACGUGAGCAAUCCACACCUGAGCAUGAACGUCCGCUCAAGGAAUCUACCCCUGAGCAUGAACAGCCUUUCAAACAAUCUACCCCUGAACAUGAACCACCACUCAAGCAAUCGACACCCGAGCAUGAGUUACCACUUAAGCAAUCCACUCCUGAACACGAACUUGUUAAUGCCAAUGAUGACUUGUUUGCCAACAUACCUGAAGUUGACGAUGAUUUUUCUGAUUUGGAAGACGAGCGUAUUCUUGAUUCUCCAGCGAUGGCUUCAGGAGAAGAGUAUUACAAUGGAUUCUCCAAUGAGGAAACAGCUUACAAUGAUGGGUUUGACUUAUCAUCGGGUCAAUUUUCCACCACUGAUCAACCUGAUGAGGAGAGACUACAUGAACCGUUUUUAAAAAAUUACUUUCAAAGUGACUCGGAUUCCUCAUCUCGCGUCAAAACUACUUCCAAGCCAACCAAAGUCAACACCAAACUUUUCAAUAAAUCCAAUGUUCAGAUUAUUGAUUCUGACAAUUAUGAAGAGAAAAUGGGUCUCAAAAAGAAUAAAAGUAGAUCCGACGAUUCCAAUGCUAAGAAUUUGAAAAAGAAAAAGAGUUUUGGCAUAUUGUCUAGUGGUAAUUUGACUCCGCCAACUUCGAGUGAACAUGAUUUCGACGAUGAUAAGAAGUUGAAAAAGAAAAAGAGUUGGAAUUGGUUAAGGGAAAGGUCAUCGAGUUUAUCAUCGAUUGAUUCAGCUCAUCAUCAGCAGCAGCAACUGGCCCUUGGUGCAACUGCUGACCCCAAAGUACCUGGACCAGUUAGAUCAUUUUCUAAUCCUGAGCACCAAAGAACAAACACCGAUGAAAGGGAGAAUUCAAAUGCGCCUAGAAAAGCAUCACUAGAGCAUGAAGAUGUUUCUUCACUUCAUUCAGAUAAGGAAAAUGUGUUGUCUAAAUUGUUCAAGAAGAAAUCAAAGGCCAAUUUGUCUAGCACAAGUGUUAACUCUGUACAUUCACACGAUAGUAAGAAUUCAGGUGUUACCAUCAAUUAUCACGACCACAUUGAUGACUCCAAUGAGCAACGAAGCUUGAAGAAGAAAACAAGUGGGUUAUUUAAGAAACGAUCAAAGACUAAAUUGGUCGAGCAUAAUAAGAACUCAAGGGCACGUUCAUCGUCAUUGUCGAGACAAGAUCCACUGGUGACUUCAUCGUUGAGAAAAAACAGUGUUGAAGUAAUACUGCCUCAAUCGAGCACCAAAGGUGAUGCCGUUGCUGCAGAGGAGGAGACAGAAGUUCCACUUUUACAUGAAUUGGAUCCGCAACGGUUCAAGUUGGAUAAGGACUUAGAGGAAUCAGGAGAUGCGCUUGCAUCAUUCACCGACGGGGACGAUGUCCCAGUUAGAGUCAAUAUGGGGCAAGAGCCAAUGGAUGUCGAUGAUGAUCACAAGUUAACCAAUCUUGAUGUCAACAACCUAGACUCGAGUGACAAUGCAUCUGAAGUCGGACUAAAGAGUAAGAAGCUGACAGUUAAGAAACAUAAACGUUACCGUCAUAGAAAGAAGGAAAAAGAGUUAGACUCAAUCAAGACUGGAGGUGACGCGAAUGAAGUAACUGCUGUCAAGGAUCAAAGUCAAACCCCACCACAAGGAAAUGAGCCACUCAAAACUAUUGAUCAAGACACAAAGGAAAAUGGUACUACUGCCACUGCAAAUGACGAGGCUCUAACCAAAGAACAACAACAAUUGCAAAAAAUUGACAUUCAAGAGAAACUAAAAAAGUCAAUCAAACGUACUUCAAAAGCCAAUCAACCUAUCGAAUUUACUGACUCAGCAUUUGGAUUCCCAUUACCACCACCAUCACAAUCCACCAUAGUUAUGCUCGAUUAUCGAUUCCCUGUUCAUGUUGAACGUGCAAUUUAUCGAUUAUCGCACUUGAAAUUGGCCAAUCCGAAAAAGUCCUUAAGAGAACAAGUAUUGUUGUCGAAUUUCAUGUAUGCUUAUUUGAACUUGGUUGAUCAUACUUUGCAUAUGGAGCAACUGAUGGGUGGCGGUGCAGAAGAUGAAGUAGAACAGGAAGAACAGGAAAGAGGAGGAGGAGCGAGAGGCGCUGGUGAAAAUGGAGAAAACGAUGAUGGUGAUGACGAAGAAGGGGACGAGACAAUGGUUGAUCUUGAAGGAGAAGAUGCGGAUGCAGAGGAGGAUGCGGAUGAAGAGGAAGUGAAUGUUCUUGAUGAUUUUGGUACUGAUGGUGGAGUGGAUGAUGAUUUUGGUGAAGAUAUAGUUGACGGUGAUGUUGUCGUUGGAUUUUCUACCAGGACGCACCGUAGUAGUGGUGAUGAUGAUGAUGAUGAUGACGAGGUAGAGGAAGAAUUGUUGCCGAAUGAAGAAAGGAUUCGGAUAACUGUAUAG